ACUAGAACCUGGCCGAUGAGUGUUGUGUUAAUGCAAGGCGGAUUACAAGUCAUUUGGGGCAAUAUCGAACGUAUGACUGUGAAGCACAGCGUGGUUCUUUCCAUUUUGAUUGGGAUUAUCUUCAUCUGUCACUGGGAGAUGUAACCAUGAUGGCCAGGGAUCAUCUUGGCACAUUCCUGGUCGUCUUCGUUGCCUUCAGCCUCAAGGAAGGACUUUCUCUUGAUCUGCGUGGCCCCGGAAUUACAACGAGUCAGAGUUCUACGGCACCAGAUGCCGAAGCCUCGAAGGCUGUGGAUCGAGACAUUGGAACCUUGGCUCACACGGGGUAUGCCACCCCAGAGCAAUAUACGAACCCAUGGUGGAAAGUGGACCUGGGAGCUGUCUACUGCUUGAGAAAAAUCACUCUGGUUAACAGAAACAGACUGGGUUACCGAUUGGAGGAUAAUGUCAUUCGUGCUGGUUUGAGCUCCAAUCACCUACAUAACCCAGAGGUAGGACGGGUUCGAAUGGAUCAAGCUGUAGAUGGAGCGGUUGUUGAUUUCCUACCAGACCCCUACGUCACUGCACGAUACGUCAGCGUGGAUAUCCGUGGUAGCAGUUCAAAUAUCGUAGUUCAGUUACUUGAAGUCAUGAUUGAGGAGGUUACCAUGGAUACGAUCCAGACUGAUGCACCAACAGCCCUGCAUUUGUCUGGUCUCCCAAGCAGUCAGAGCUCCGAUUAUUCUAAUAGUUCCGGUACUUGGUAUGCUUCAGGAGCUGUUGAUGGAUCUUUACUGUACAGCUAUGAUGCCGCCCACUGUAGUCAUACAGAUCAAGACCUGAAUCCCUGGUGGAAGAUAGACCUGACUUCUGAUCACUGCAUUGGGAAAAUUGCCAUCAGGAAUCCAUAUCAUCUUGAACACGACUAUAGAUUACGUUUGCAAGGUGCUGUUGUGCGUGCUGGCCUGAGAGAUGCACAUCUUGAUAACCCGACGUGUGGUUCACCAGUAACCCUGUAUCAAGCGUUAAUCAAUGAUUGGAUUGAAUUCACAUGUGAUCCCUACAGACCUGCUCGGUAUGUUAGCGUCAAUAUUCCUAGAGAAACCUGGCUUUCACUGGCUGAAGUAAUGGUAUGGCCGUGUGAACUCCAUCCAGCAGCCCUAAACUUAACCGAUAAACCCAGUAGUCAAAGCUCCACAGACGGUAGGUUCGUUGCUGAUAGAGCAUUGGACAGUCUUCCAAUAGAACCUUAUUGCAGCCUCACCAUUUUCGAAAUGAACCCAUGGUGGAUGGUGGAUCUCGAGUCAAGUCAGUGUCUGGGACAAAUCAGAGUUUGGAGCUCUACACAGGGAUCUAAUUUCCAGGAUGCUGUUGUACGUGCUGGGCUAAGCGAUAAUUAUACCGAGAAUGUAGUGUGUGGUCGACAAGUCCAAGCUUCAUCCGUCUUCGCAGAGUUUACUUGCGAUCCGCCCGUACUUGCCCGCUAUGUUAGCGUCGAUAUCCCUAGAAUUGCGACGCUUGGACUAUGCGAAGUGACAGUAGCUACAUGUGAUUUCAAGAAAGAAGUUGACGGUGUGGAUUUUACUGUAGUUGACAACCCCUCUCUUCUUGGUCCAACUGGAGACAACGAUUCCGUCAUUGCAGUGUACCGAGGUCCUGAGGAGAUUACAUCUAAUGUCUCAUUUGGUCGUCAAGUCUCAACAGGAGGAUCGCCUGCUCCUUCAGGCUCAGGCGAGAUUGUCGAUUCAUCCUUGGGAUGUGGAGUUAGAUUGCUUAGCUUACCAGAGGAGGGAGGACUUGAUAGGACGGGUGUCUUCUACGCAGAGGCGACCAGAAAUAGCUUGACCACUAGGAUACAGACCAUCAUUCUCCCCAAAGAUGAAAGCACCGUUCAUAUACGUUCCGUUGUGCGAACACAAACAGCAAGUAUUGGAGACUCUGUAGUAAUGGAAAUGCAGAAUGCAAGCUCACCGAGCGAAGACCAGUGGCACUACAGAUGGAGGCGUAGUGGCAGCGAUGUCAUCGAACCUUGGAACAACCUCCUGAGUGUAUCGAUUCCGAAUGUCGCUAAGGAGGAUGAAGGAAUAUACAGCUGCUUUGUUGUGGAUCAAGAAGAUGAACAACAACACGGAAUCAUGAGGCUCAUAGUUGGAGAUUGUCUUCCUGGACAUUGGGGUCCACCAUCAUGUCUGAAAACCUGUCGUCGAUGCUACAAUGGCGGUGUAUGUGAUGAUGAGUCUGGUACCUGUAUCUGUGCUCCAGGGUUCAGUGGAGACAAUUGCGAGCAAGCUCAUGACCGUAAUGUCUUUGGUAAGACUGCUGAUCAGAGGUGUCCCGGUAGCACUGAUCCACACCACGAGGCUUGCAGAGGGCGUUUGUUCUGUCUUCCUGAUCCUUAUGGAUGCUCGUGUGCUGCAGGUUACAUGGGACUUGACUGUAUGCAAGAGUGUGCUGAAGGAAUAUUUGGUGCCGACUGUAAGCAGACAUGUCACUGUGCAUCGGGAGGAGCCUGCAGUAAAGAUACAGGAGAAUGCAGCAAUGGUUGUGAGGCACCGAAUUUUGGAAGUAAUUGCCAGUGCACAACUGAAAAUGGCGUGCUUGGGCUUGAGGUGACGUCAGGCGAUCCUCAUCAACUGUUUGUUGCCUGGCAACCAGAUGCUUGCUCCUCUGGCUACGAAUUGACAACCAGAGAUGAGUGUGGAAACAGUGUAUCUCAGGAAACGAUACUAGAAACGACUUACCAUUUCAUAACUGACUUAAAGUUCCCACUGAACUACAGAGUUCACUUUCGGCCGUUAUACCCUGGUGAUGUAAAGGGACCUGAGGUGACCUUUUCGCAAACAAGAAAGCCAACUGAAGCCCCAACUGAAGUGACUUCCACCUCAGUGACGUCAACCAGCCUGAGUUUUUCCUGGAGUAAGCCACCUUGUGGAAGCCGAGGUGGUAUCAUCACAGGCUACACGUACAUACUGACUGAAGUAGGCCCAGAAUCUGUAGUAGUCAUUCAGUCAGUGUCAUCACAGGAAUCGGAGACCAUCCAGGGUUUAUCCCCGCUCACUGAGUACAGUUUUCAGGUUGCUGCCAACACCACUGCCGGAGCCGGACCGUACAGUCAGGCUCAAGUGAAAAUGACCCUCGCAGCGCCCCAAAUCGAUGAAACUAGCUCAUCCUUGGCAGUGGUAGGCGGCUCAGUAGCAGCUGCUGUAAUCAUUAUUGUCAUGGUUAUAAGUGUCGUCAUUGUGCUGUAUAAGAGAAGAAGCCGUCGAAAGAACCAGCCUUCUGGCGUCAAAGAAGAUACUUCUCUUCCACAGAUCAAUACUUUCGAAGCAGAUGUUACCUAUCAGGUUCCAGAACCUACUGCAGAACCGGCCCCGUACAUGAGCCUUGUCGAUGGUGUAGUCGCGAUAUCUUCUACCAAACCCGCUGUGCAGAGCCCGAUCUCUAACGUCGGAACUACCCAACCUCAUCCGGAACAGCUUACCUCGCAAACAUCCGAGAACGCGUUCGUGGAUGAUUAUGAAACUACCUUACCCUCCCUAGGACCUUACGAGUACGCCUACGUGGACAACGUGGUAAAGUCUUCCACACACGCAGCCUCACGAGAAUCGAAGUUUAAAUCUCAUCCGAAUCCUACCACUUUUCAACCAGGAGCUGCUGCGUACACAUCCGUAGACGAGGGUGCAGAGAAGUCCUCCACGCCGUCCGACCUACGCAAUCGGAAGCCUAAACCUCCUCCGAAACCACAGGCUACCGACGAAGAUACGUAUGAGGUUCCGGAUUCUGCUGUGUACGCACAGUCUGUCGCACGCAAACCGAUGCCCGAGCCUCAUCCGAUACCAUCCGUCUCGCAACCUGCGGACGAGGACGUGCAAGAGCAACUGAUACAAAAGCUGUUCAGUCAGCUUUCGGUUCGCGUUAAAGAGCUCACAAAAUACAUCCGCAAGAAGGAGCAGGCUGGUCAAAAUGGAUUCCCUGCAGAUUUCAAGACCCUUCCAGAUGGUCAGUUACGUCCAGCGACUGUGGCUUUGAAACCACAAAAUAAAUCCAAGAAUCGUGAUGCGGACAUCGUUGUCUAUGACCAUUCUCGUGUCGUGUUGGAGCCGUUGCAGAAUGAUCCUGAUUCUGAUUACAUAAACGCUUGCUACAUUGAUGGUUUCCUGGAGAAGAACAGGUAUAUUGCCAGUCAAGGACCAACCGAAUCGACGGUAGGAGAUUUCUGGCGUAUGGUGUGGCAGAUGGAGGUGGAUAAGAUCAUCAUGCUGACCAAUCCGGUAGAAAACGGCAAGGUCAAGUGUCAUCAGUAUUGGCCGGACACUGCAGGAUUUACUCAGUUUUUGGACAUCGCAGUUAGCAUCGUCAAGGAAGACGUGUUCCCAGACUACACAGUUCGAGUUUUCCAGAUAGACAAGUUUUUCAGUAAGAAAGAUGAUCGUCUGGUAACCCAGUUCCACUUCAACACCUGGAGAGACAUGGAAGCACCAGAGCACCCGACUACUUUGCUCAGCUUCAUACGUAGGGUGAAUGCAGCGCGUAAUGUGGGACAAACCAUUGUGCAUUGCAGUAAUGGCAUUGGCCGCACAGGAACCUACAUCGCCCUGGACUCCAUGCUUGAUCAGAUGCGCCAAGAGAGACAAGUUGAUGUCCUUGGCUUCAUCUAUCGAAUGAGACAAAAACGAAACAAGAUGGUGCAAACACCGGCGCAAUAUCGAUUCAUCUUCAAUGCUCUGCUGGCUGCUUCUAAGGAAGAUGACACGUCUUACGAGAACGUAGGGAAGAGCGCUAAGAAAGCGAAGAAACAGGUGGAUGCAAAACUGACUGGAAAGUAAACCUCAAUGACCUGAGUUGUCUAAUGAGUUUGAAGAUUUAGAGGCUAACAUUUUACAUGAUAGAAAACAAUACCCUUUGUUUAUACCAGACUAUCUCUUGGCAUUUGCUGGUGUAAGCCCACAUUUAGAAUUGCAAUUAACUUUAAUUACAUUAUCCCCACUUAUUACCCGUUGACAUCUUUAAGAUUAUUUUAAAUUACUUUGUGGUCCACAGAAACACCCUGUCUUCAUUUGUGUGGUCACACUGGGCUCGGUCAUAGACCUAUAAAACCACAUCCCAAAUUCUUAGUAUUUGCUGUCCUUGGUUUAAUUCACUUAAAGUUACACAUAAUCCAUUGUGUUCCAUUCCUGUCUUUAAUCAGCCCCUCUCCCCCUCAGUCCUCACUUUCAUUCUUUCACUGUCUCUCUCUCUGUCAAGCGAUUUUAGUCGGUGCUCUCAAUAAACACACCCUGACCCUAUAAUCCUUGUCAAGAGUUUUAUUUCUUCUGUAAAAGUUUCUUCUCCGUCUUCAACUUAAUGAUUUUGUCCGCUCCGGCUACAGUAUACGCGCUACUAG